CCAUAUUUAGCAGCCGCAAACCAUUAUGUUAGCCGCUCGUUCCCGAAGCAUAGUCAACGCAGCAAGACGGAGCUUUGCUACGGCAGCUUCUCCCUCUGCAGCAACUUCCGCCAUUCUCUCCAAAUACCCCAUUGGCCUCAACCUCUAUGGGUUUGUCAUAGACAAUGUUCAGCCCAUUCCUGAGUUUUCGCUUGUGGCUGUCCAUCUAAAGCAUGAAAGAAGCGGAGCAGCACACCUUCACUUGGACUCACCUACAGAUAAUAAUAACGUGUUUCUGAUUGCGUUCAAAACCAAUCCUCCAGAUGCUACUGGUGUACCUCAUAUCUUGGAACAUACCACCUUGUGUGGUUCGUAUAAGUACCCUGUACGAGACCCAUUCUUCAAGAUGACAAACAGGUCGCUUUCCAACUUCAUGAAUGCCAUGACUGGCCACGACUUCACCUUCUAUCCGUUUGCCACGACUAACGCAAAGGACUUUGACAACUUGAUGGAUGUCUAUCUUUCAUCGGUAUUCGAGCCUCUUUUGUCAUACAAUGAUUUCAUCCAAGAAGGAUGGAGGUUGGAAAAUGAGGAUAUAAAUGACCCUGAGAGCAAGCUCGAAUUGAAGGGGGUAGUAUACAACGAGAUGAAGGGCCAGAAUUCCAACACGUCGUACUACUUCUACAUCAAGUUCUUGGAAUCCAUAUAUCCUUCUUUAAACAAUGCUGGUGGGGAUCCAGCAAAAAUCCCUGACUUGCAGUACGAAGACUUAGUCGAUUUCCACCACAGAAAUUACCAUCCUUCCAAUGCCAGAACUUUCACGUAUGGUAAUUUGCCGUUGAUGAACCAUUUGAAACAUUUGAGCGACUACUUCCAGACGUUUGGCGUCCGUCCUCAAUCCAAGGAUUUGAAAUUGCCAAUCUUCUCCAACACGACUUCGCCAUCGUCAACCACCGUUGUCAAGGUUCCUGGUCCUGUAGAUACCAUGUCGUCGAAACCAGCUGAACAACAGUACAAGGCUUCGAUCACAUGGAACUUAGGAAAUGCUCUCGAAGAAGCCAACCAGUACGAGUUGUUCAAAUGGAAAAUCUUGAGUUCUCUUCUCUGUGACGGCCAUAAUGCUCCAUUUUAUCAAGAGCUUAUUGAAACUGAGUUUGGUGAUGACUUUUCAGCAAACUCAGGAAUAGAUGCCACGACUGCUUUGAUAUCGUUCACUAUUGGGUUGAACAAUUUGACUGUAGAAAAAGUUGGCCAGUUGGAAUCCAAAGUGUUGGAUAUUAUUAGAAACAAGGUGCUACCCGAGUUCGAAAAUCCGGAAAGCUCCUACAAAACUAGAAUUGAAGCUAUUUUGCAUCAGAUAGAAUUGAACUUGAAAAAACAUAAGCCAGAUUUCGGUUUGAGCUUGUUGAAUGUGAUCGUUCCUACAUGGGUGAAUGGCUUGGACCCAAUCAAAUCGUUAAGGGUUGAACCGAUUUUGAACCAGUUCAAGUCUGACUUUGAGUGCAAGGGAUUACUUGUUUUCAAGGAACUCCUUGAUAGUUCAAUUUUGAAUCCACAAUGUGAAAAGUUCUCGUUUGUCAUGGAACCCCAGAAUGAAUUCAACAAGAAUUUAACCACAGUUGAAGCUGAGAGAGUAAAGACGAUGGUACAAAGCUUAUCUGAAGAAGAUAAAAAGAUUAUAAACGAAAGAGGCCAAGAGCUAGCUAGAAAACAGACAGAAGAACAGGACGGAGAAGUAUUGCCUACUUUGACCAUUAAGGAUAUACCAGAGAAGGGAGAUUUCCAUCCACUUUUGUACUCGCAAAUUGGCUCCAAUACAUUGCAAAAGAGAAUUGUAGAUACAAAUGGUUUGGUGUACACUGCUGCUUUAAAGAAUAUCAAAUAUUUGCCAAAGGAGUACUAUAAAUACCUUUCUUUGUUCAGUUCCUGUCUCACCAAUUUAGCAGGGACUUCUCAUACAUCCGUUACCGAUCUUGAGACUAAGAUAAGCAGAUUGACAGGUGGUAUCUCCUUUAGCCACAGAAUAUCAACCAAUCCCUAUGAUAUCAGAGAAGUUGACUUGUACUUUCAGAUGUCGGGAAUGGCUCUAAAAGAGAACUCUGAACAUAUCUACAACUUGUGGCAUGAAGUUCUUACUGAUACGCAAUUUGAUUCCAAUGACGAAUUGGUCGUUGACAAGUUAUUCACUUUAAUCAAGAAUAUGAGCCAGAACCAGCUAAAUGUAAUAGCAGACAGGGGUCAUUCAUAUGCGAGUGGAUAUUCCAAUGCCAAGUUGACUCCUGCUAGGUAUAUUUCUGAUAUUACCUCAGGAAUUAGCCAAGUGGAAUUUAUAAUGGAGUUAAAUUCAAAUAUCGAAAAGAAGGGUAAGCAGUAUCUUGCUGACGAAAUUUUGCCAAUUUUAAAGGAAAUCCAGUUAUUAAUCAUUGACAAUGCCAAGGGCGAAUUCAAGUAUAGAUUGGUAGGUGACAAGGACAUUAUUGGAGAGAAUGAGAAGUUGGUACAAGAAUUUAACGACAAAAUUUCACAUUUCAGCAACACUUCUAGUCAAGGAAAUGCGUCUGAAUUGAAGAAUUUGGUCAAUGCUUUCAAUAACAACAAUUUGGGAAUAAAUGCAAACCAAAAUACCUUGCUUAACUUACCUUUUCAAGUCAGCUAUGCUUCUCUCGGGAAACUUGGUGCAGAGUAUGCUUGCAAAGAUGGAGCUAGUUUACAGAUAUUGGCCCAGUUAUACACUUUCAAGCAUUUGCACUCUGUAAUUAGAGAAUCUAAUGGAGCUUAUGGUGGAGGCUUGCUUUAUGAUGGAUUGGGUGGUACUUUGAACUUCUAUUCCUACAGAGAUCCUAAUCCGUUGAAGUCAGUAGAAUCUUUUGAGAAAUCGUUUGAUUUUGGGCUUCUGGUAAACUGGGAGCCUAAGGACUUGCAAGAAGCCAAAUUGAGAAUAUUCCAGAGUGUUGACGCUCCUACCAAUAUUGCUAGUCAGGGUUCUACUGAAUUUUACGAAGGAAUCACAGACGUGAUGAGACAGGAAAGAAGAGAGAAUUUCUUGAGCGUGAACAACCAGGACUUGACGAACGUCAUCCAGAAGUAUUUGGUUGACCAGAAGGAUAACCUGGUUACAGUUAUCGGUGAUAACACAACUUUAAAUGUUGGAAAGGACUGGACUGUCCAAGAGUUGAAUGUUAACUAAACCUGUAAAUAGAUAAUAGACGUUAUGUAUAUAUUAAUAU